AUGGAAAACAAUCCACUCGGCUUCCUCACAUUCAACAAGCUGUCAGUCAAGCCACCGAUCAAAACCAAUUCGGUCCGCCUCCAAGAGCACUUUGACAAGACUACCAUCGCGGAAGAUGCAAAAAGUACCAUGAUCGUAAUCCAUCCCCGCUUUCCGGGACUGGUCAGAUCAUUUCUAGAUCACAAACGCGCUCAGGGCUCCGAACACGAAAAGACCCUCUACCAUUCAAACUUCAGCUGGCGAGACGAGAUUUCCCGCCUCAUCGAAAAGCGGCCGUUGGUCUUCAUGGGCAGUCAUGACCACACGCUCCUCCGCGAUGGAACCAAGAUCGCCAAUCCCCGCGCGCAAUGGGAUCGCAAUGGAACACAGGAGCAAGGUCUCAAUGCCGAUCUGACGCUUGGAGAGUAUCUCUCAUACGACGAGAUCAUGCUUUCUUCGUUGAUUGGUGUUUCAGGGCCGUCGUAUUUCAUCAACGAUGGCGGACGGAAUAAUUGCGGUCGAGUCGGAGAGGCAGGCACAUUCGAGGAUAGGGGUAUCAUUAUGGGCGUUGUGGGCGCGAGGUUCGAGAGAGAAGAUCGGAUGGAUUCUGUCUUUAUCUUGGCUCCUGUUGAGAAGCCUAGACAACAUUCGGAGCUGACGAAACUAUUCUCCACGUUCUUCGGGGAAGAGAGAGGCCAGGGCCGCAGCGUGCAGGAAUUUGACGACUCGGUGUAUAGAGCGCGGAUGCGCAUCACGGCAGAUAUCCUGUUUCUCGAAGCGGAUGCCCGAGCAAAGCAGGACCUGGAGGGGAGAUCGGCAUACGUCUACGUGGUUGGUCUUGGACUUGGUGUCUGGCAACAUCACAAUGACCAAGUAAAUUGGUAUGUGGAAACAUGCGCCGAUGCCAUCAAUGCACUGCAUCGAGACCACAAGAUCAGCACCAUUGACUUUGCUUGGAUCGAUCGAAAUCUGUCCACCGAAACCCAAGCGUUGGCGAUGGAAGCCGGAAAAAAGCUAGGCAUUAAGGUCAUCUUCAGCAAGCGCAAUCCAGCAGAGAAAUUGAAAGACGGCACCAAGGAGCUGCUCGUGCUCAGCUAUGCGUGGGAUGGGAACGCAUUUCCAGGUGUGUGGGACCCUUCCCUACCAGGGGAGCCCUCAGCUAACAGUGCCCUUUUCCAGGCAACGAAUAUUGGCAGGGGAGUCUGAUGGGCUCUGGCGAUCCGGCCGCUGCGUGCAUGAGCACCAUUGGCGAGCUCCACAAUCCGCUUGUGAAUCCGUAUACAAAGAGGAUUGUGGUAGCGGGAGAGACUGAAUCCUGA